UUAAAUUUGUUUACCUCAGGUAAAAAGAACAUGAUUCCUGAGAACUUGCCAAUGGGGAUUUUGUUCUUUGCUCAAGCAGCUGUGGGGAUCCUUGGCAAUUGGUCAAUUCUUCUUCAUUAUGUAAUGUCUGUAAUCACUGGAAAAAGGUUGAUGUCCAAAGACCAGAUUUUAAAGCAUCUGACUUUAGCCAAUGCCUUGGUUAUUAUCUCAAGAGUAAUUCCUCACAUAAUGGUACAGCUGGGGUUGCAGUAUCUCCUGGAUGACCUCUUAUGUAAACUUACUCUCUACAGCAAUAGAGUGUCCCGGGGUGUUUCCCUACACUGCACCUGCCUCUUGAGUUGUUUCCAAGCAAUCACAAUCAACCUGAGCCACUCCAGGUGGAUGAAAUUUGCACACUCAUUCUCCAAGUACACAAUUCGGUUCUGCUCUCUUAGCUGGCUUGUGCAUCUCCUUCUAAACAUCAGGGCAGCUAUACAAGUGAUUGGAUCAAACACUAACAAAAAUUUCACCAGAAAAAUCAAGUUGGGGUACUGUUCUGCAUUCCCUUUCGGCAAUAGUGUAACUGUACUACAUCUAUUCUUGCUUUGUUUCACUGAUGGUCUGUGUUUGAGUCUCAUGGUCUGGGCAAGUGUCACCAUGGUGAGCAUUCUCUAUAGGCACAAGAGUCAGCUACAGUAUAUCCACAAUCCCCAGCAUUCCCUUAGAGUGUCCCCUGAGGACAAAGCCACAAAAACCAUCUUGAUCCUUGUGUGUACCUUUGUCUUCUCCUACUCAAUGUCCUCAAUACUAGUUAUCUAUACUGUCAUAUUUGACAAUCCAAGGCUGUAUCUAAUAAACAUAUUUACAUUCUUAGACACAUGCUUCCCUACAUUUUGCCCCUUCAUUCUUAUAAGUAAUAACCAAUCUACUCCCAAGAAUCAUUUUCCUUGCUGUAGCAGAAGGUAA